AUGCCAGAGUUUGGGUACAGUGCCAUUGAGGACUAUGGUCUCAUUGGGGACAUGCACACGUGUGCCCUCGUCAGCAAGGCCGGUAGUCUGGACUAUAUGUGCUGGCCGGUCUUUGACUCGCCCACCGUGUUCGGUCGCCUGCUGGACGACAAGAAAGGGGGAUACUUCUCAGUGGGACCCUACAAGACCGUGGUGGAUCCUCAUAGCAAGCAGCGAUACCUCCCGUACUCCAACCUGCUGGAGACUCGGUGGACCAAUGAGGAUGGCGUCGUGACCAUGUUGGACUAUUUCCCCGUCUCGGACAAGAAGGCGCCGCAAUCAUCCCGGCUGUUGUCUGGCUUCUGUCCCUGCAAUGAACCCGGUGCCAACCGAUUCAAGUCGGGACUGCGGCACUCCGUCCUGAUCCGAAAGCUGGAGUGCAGCCGUGGCUCGAUGGAACUGCAGGUGGAGAUGUUCCCGGCUUUCAACUACGCUCGCGAUUCGCAUACGGCUCGUGCGAAGCUGGAGGACGACUUGGGCAAGCAUCGCCUUCAGACGAUUCAUUUUGAGAGCGACACCGAGCGGCUGCAAUUCGAAAUCUUUGCCGACUCACGGGAGCCCGACAAGCUCGGCUAUCCCAAAGCGAUGUUGAACAUGAAAGAGCGGCCCGGCAUGAAGGGACGGGGCCUGAUAGCUUGGCUGCGCUUGUGCCAGGGCCAAACGGUCCAUCUGGUAGUGCACAGCCCCGAGAAAGCAGCCCCCAGUUUGUCCAUGAUCGCCGCACACCUGAGCCGAAUGGAAGAGGAGACCUUCGACUACUGGACGGACUGGACCCGCAAGUGCGAGUUUCGUGGUCACUAUCGCGAGACGGUCGAGCGCAGCCUCUUGAUCUUGAAGAUGUUAACUUACAAACCGACGGGGGCCAUCGUCGCGUCGCCUACCUUUUCGCUCCCCGAAAAUGUGGGCGGCUCCCGAAACUGGGAUUAUCGGUACUCCUGGGUGCGUGAUACGGCUUUCACGUUGUACGUUUUCCUCAAAUUGGGGUAUAGGAGUGAGGCGGAAUCGUAUGUCACCUUUAUCUUUGACCGGAUCUUUCCCCACGCGGCCCAGGACAUUGAGUCUGGCAGCAAGCGCCCCUUCCUGCCGCUCAUGUUCACCAUUCGCGGCGAGUACGACAUUCCCGAGGUGGAACUCGAACACCUCGACGGAUACAAGGGUAGCAAGCCCGUUCGCGUUGGCAAUGCGGCCGUCUUCCACACGCAGCUGGACAUCUACGGAGAACUACUGGACAGCAUUUACCUGUACAACAAGCACGGAAACCCCAUCACCUAUGAUCAGUGGUUGGCUAUCCGCCGCAUGGUGAACUACGUCUGCGGCGUGAUCCACCAAAAGGACAUGUCCAUUUGGGAAUCGCGUGGCCAGAUCCAGAACUUCAUCUACUCGAAGAUCAUGCUGUGGGUUGCCCUUGACCGUGGCGUCCGCCUGGCCGAAAAGCGUACCAGCCUGCCGUGUCCCGAUCGGUCCCGUUGGAUCCAGGCGCGGGACGAGCUGUACGACCAAAUCAUGGACAAAGGCUACAACUCCGAACGCGGUCAUUUCUGCCAGAGCUUUGAAAGCCGCGAGGUUUUGGAUGCGUCCAUCCUGAUCGCACCUCUGGUCUUCUUUGUGGCGCCCAAUGAUCCGCGGUUCAUCAAAACGCUGAAGAAGAUCCUCGAAAACCCGGAGAAGGAGGGCCUGUCGAGCGCCAAGAUGGUCUUCCGUUACGACCAUCUGAAAGCCAACGAUGGUGUGUGCCACAUGGCACUUUCAUUCUUCUGA